AUGAUAGACGGCAUAGCUAAGCAGAUACCAGUCUGGUUGGAUGUUGACACCGGGCAUGAUGACGUCUUUGCCAUUCUCAUUGCGGCACAUCAUCCGCAGUUGAAGUUCUUGGGUGUCAGCUCAACCCACGGCAAUGCACCUCAAGUCCACACCACGAACAACUCAAGCGCGGUCCUAAAUGCCGUAGGAAGGACAGAUGUCAAGGUCUAUCCUGGGUCGCUGAAGCCGUUCUGUCGAGAAGAAGUUGAGACGCCUGACAUCCACGGUCCCACGGGCUUGGGUGGUACGAGUCUCCUUCCACAGCCGACGACAAACAUCGUCAAGGAUGUGAAUUUUCUCGUUGCCACUCGCGACGCCAUCAUGGCUCAGCCACCUCAGACAGCGUGGUAUGUGGCGACUGGGCCUUGUACAAACGCUGCCCUGCUCUUCUCAGCCUAUCCUGAGGUAGCUCACCACCUUGCUGGAAUGAGCAUCAUGGGAGGGGCAGUAGGGGGCGAUUUCUGCCCUCAGAUCUCGAAAGAGUUUGGCAAAACCCUAGGUCAAGGCGAGGGGUUUGGCAACGAGACUCCUUGGGCAGAAUUCAACAUCUAUUGUGAUCCCGAAGCCGCUCAAGCAGUCUUUUCGAACCCGGUCGUGGCAGCAAAAACCACCCUUGUCACACUCGAUCUCACGCAUCAAUGCCUUGCGACCAAGGAGAUCCGAGAGCGGUUCCUGGGGUCCGAGAAGCCAAGUGAGCUCCGCCUCUUUCUUCACGAGAUCCUGACCUUCUUCGCCCAGAGUUAUGUUGAGUGGUUUGAUGUGUAUGAAGGCCCUCCAUUGCAUGAUCCCCUGGCGGUUGCGGCGCUGUUUGGCUAUUCCAGUGGCAUAUUCGAGGAGGAUGGCGAUCGCUACAAGGUCAAGGUCGUGACAGAUGGAGCACACAGCCCAUUGGAUUCGAUCAGAGGACAAGUAGGCAGGACCAUUGUGGAGAAAGUAGAGGCGGGGCCAGAUGGUGUCGCGAGAGGCGUGAGGAUCCCUAGGAAACUGCAUACACAUACAUUCUGGGACGUUUUGGAGCAAUGUACGAAGACUGCCGAUGAGAGGAUAUCGCAGUGA